UGUGCAUUUGGGAUUGCAAGACCUCUCGCUGCCCUUUACAUGUAUUGUUGUCACAGGAAAGCAAAAAAAAAGAAAAGCUUUGAAUUGAAACAUGCUUGGUUUAUUCAACACAGGUUGAGUUUGAUGGGAAUGAAGACUCCGUCUUUUUUGCUGAUGGCCAACGUCGAAUUGAUUUUGUAUUGGUUUACGAGGAGGAGCACAGAAAAGCGGGAGACAAAAAGAGAAUGAGAUCAAUUCUAAGCAGAAAGAGAAAAAGAGCAUUCUUUCAAGAAAACUUAAUGAAAGAAGGCAUACAGAUUGAAGCAACAAAAUCGGUUAUGGAUCGCAACCUUAUUUUUCUGAAACUCCACGCACCGUGGGAAGUGCUCUGUCAUUAUGCUGAACUCCUUCACAUCAAACUACCUCUACAUUCCAUUGACAUGAAACAGAAACCCUCCACAUUCAACUGCAUCACUAAGAUUUUCUCAGUGGAUGAAGACAAAAUUCCACCAGAGCCUGAAUAUUUCACUGCGCCUUUUGAGAUGAAUCGUAUUAAAAGUUUCCAAAUUGACGAUCGUGAUUCUUUCUUCCCACCAGCUACUCGAAGCAGAAUAGUAAGAUAAUAUCAGACUGUGUUACUGCUAUCUUUUGGGCUGUAUUUGUAUUAAAAUAUAGCAAGGCUGAUUAUGUACAGAAUGUAUGUAUCUCUCAUGACCAGAUGUAGAACAGUUUCUCUUUAUGCCCACUUCUUUACAGAAUCCCUACAGUGUGGAAGCAGGCCAUUCAGCCCACACUGACCCUCCAAAGAGCAUCUCACCCUAUAACACUGCAUACCCUAUGGCUAAUCCACCUAGCCUACAGUUCCCUGGACACUACAGCAAUUUAAUAUGGCCAGUCCAUCUGAUGUACACAGGUUUGGACUGUGGGAGGAAACCCACAUAGACACAGGGAGAGUGUGCAAACUCCACACAGACGGUCACCCAAAGGUGGAAUUGAACCCAGGUCCCUGGUGCUGCGAGACAGUUGUGCUAACCACUGAGCCACCAUGCCACCCCAACUAUGAAAGACAUGUAUGGUCAGGUUUACCUCCAGUUUUUUUAAUGAGUAAUUUAUAUAAAUAAUAAAGAAUAAGAAUUUUUAA